AUGAUGAUGUCACAACAUUCUACAAGCUCUGAUCUGAGCUCCUGUGCUGGCAUCGAAGCAGCAGCAGCUAAAAUGUUCUGGUUUAAGAAGUUGUGGUGUUGUAGCGUCCUGUCUGAUGACGAGGAGCAACGCAGCCUCAGACCCAAACCUGAGAAGAAGGAGAAGAAGAAGAAAUGGUGGCGGAGACUCAAAAAGAAGGAGAGGCAGGAGGAGACGACCGUGGAGGAGAAUCAGAUGAUGGGAAAUGAGGAGAAUGCAGGGAUGAGUACACAGGUUCUGCAGGACCAAGGGCAGGAACCAGAGGUACAGGUGAUAGAGAUGAAAGAGAAGAAACCAGAAGAGCAAAACCUGGUUAUAGAAGGGAUUGAAGAUCCACUUCAGGCUGUCGUUCUGGAGAACGUCUUCAGGUCCUCAUCUAAUGAAGUGGUGCAGCAACAUAAUGUCCAGGACGAGCACGUUCUGAUUGCUCCCACAUUCAUAAUUCAACCUGGAGAGCAUGGGAGACUGAUGGAGACCAUGUUGGAGAAUCAAGGCGUGUCCGUGCCCGCUGGUGCUCCUGUGUCCCCGGUCUACAUGCUGAAGCUGAAGAGAACGAGCUGCUGGACUGUGCGCCCUGUACUGGUGCUGCCAUCCUCAAAAUAUGUCUCAUCAGCUCUGCUGUGUUCUGCAGCGCUGUGGCGUCCUUCAGAACAUCCUCGCUCCACAGGGAUCGUUUUUCCUGAUCAUCUGGAGAACCUGGAGAAGAUGGAAUGAAGAACCUCUGAACGACACGAUGAGCACCAGAAACUUUCCUUCAUCAAAAUAAAAAUAAAAAACAUAAAAAAAUAAA